AUGUCAAAGCCCAGCUUUUACUACCUCGAGCCCCUCAACCAGCUACCGGGCUCAGAAGUCAACAAACUACUUGGCCGAUUUGUUCUUGACCGAUGGAACCCCGGUGUGCAGGGCUACGAGCCAGAAAACCCGUCCAGAAUUAUCACAGAAGAGUUUAUUGGUGAAGACCUUCAAUUUGAAAAUGCCGAAAUCUGCAUCACUUCUGUCUCUCAUUCUUCAACGAACGCGGGUGUUCGUAGGGCUCUCAUGAUAGGAGGCUCUCACCAAAGUAAGGGGGAUGUGGUGUUGCGCAGCACCCAGGUGACAAAGAGAGGGAUGAAGAAUGCGCGAUUGUCCUUUGACGCACUCAUGAACGACAAGGACGUGACGACCAGUGUUAAAAAACUAAUGCGUGAUACUCACGCGCAUACUAUAUGGAUGAUCACGGCCGUUCUUUUCGUCAACGAUGCACAUAUCAAAACGAAUGUCUCGAGCUCAAAUCAGUCUGAUACCCAGACAACCUUACCAAUCCCUGCUAUUGCAACUUCAGAGCUCGAUUUGGGAGCACUUGAUAACGAAGCAAAUAUAUCAUUUUCAAGUCGGGAGACAUCGGCAGCGAAUUUAGAGGCCGAAAUGUCUGGCAGGCGCGUUUUUGCGGUGCAGUACUGGCGGUGUGAGCAUCGACCGGUAGAUAGGAUAUUCGAUCAGUGGAGGGAACAGUUGGCCCUUCGUGGGAGAGGUAUCCAGAAAGUCAGCACAGGGCACAGGGGGCUGGGAAGUUCUGACGAUGAGGACAAUGAUACGGAUAACGAUGAUUGGGAUGCUGAUCUUGAACUUUGCUCUGAAGAUCUUCCGGGUGACAAAAAUUAA